AUGAGUGAAGAAAGUCAAGAGACUCAAGGUGAUUCUCCUCUACAUACUGUCGGGUUCGAUGCCAGAUUUCCAAACCAAAAUCAAACUAAACACUGCUGGCAAGCAUAUGUCGACUAUCAUAAAUGUAUCAAUCUAAAAGGAGAAGAUUUUGCCCCAUGUAAGACAUUUUGGAGGACAUAUUCUUCGUUAUGUCCCGUAGAUUGGAUCGAAAAAUGGGAUGAUCAGAGAGAGAAGGGGGUAUUCGCUGGCGACAUCAACCCAUGA